CAAGAGCCUCACCUCCCUAUUUCCAACCUCAGUGGCCAAAGAUCUAAUCCAACUUGAGGAGUUGGAGAUCUAUGAAUGUGGCAUUGUGGAACUCAUUGAGAAGGAAGAAGGACCAGUUCCCAAGUUUGAUUUCCCAAAGCUAACCUCCUCAAGCUUAAGCUUCUUAUAGAGUUGAAGUGCAUCUACACCGGAAGACAUGCUUUACAUUGGCCGGCAUUGAAGACCUUGGAGGUCCUUGGCUGUAACAAAGUGGAGAUACUUGCUUCGCAACCUAAGAAUGAGAUGCCACUUCAUAAGCACCCUCUCUUCUUCAUAGAAAAGGGUGCAUUCCCUAGCCUCCAAGAGUUAAAAUUGGAUUUAUCCGAACGGAUGGAGAUAUGGCAUAGGCAUUUUCAUGAUGGAGAAUUCUUCAACAAGCUUAGAUUUCUUGAGCUUCGUCAUCUCUCCCAGGAAUCGUCAAUAUCCACAUCAUGUUUUGUUGAGAGUUUACCCAACUUGGAAGAGCUAGUUGUAUGUGAAUCUUAUCUAAAAGACCCAAGUAGCAUUAAAGAAGCCAUAGAAGGCACAAGUCAUGAGCUAAAAGUGAUAUUACCAUUUUCAAGAUAUAUUCGACAUCUACAAAGUCUAGAUGUGUCACUUUGUGAUGGGUUAUCAAAUCUUUUCACACCGACAAUAGCAGAAAAUUUGGUGGCACUCACAAAAUUGAAGAUAAGUAAUUGUAGAAUAUUGACAGAAGUCAUUAGUGAUGAGGAAGGUGGGGAGGGGCAUGUAGUGGCUUUCAAUCAAUUGAAGUAUAUGGAGCUUGACAGGUUGGCUAGGUUGAGAUGUUUCAGCUCAGGUGGAUACACUUUGAUGUUCCCUCUCUUGGAAGAUAUCAUUGUGAAUAGAUGUCCCAAGAUGAAGUUCUUCUUCGAGGGACCAAUGGAGGUUGCAUUUGUUGGGACUAAGUUUAUGAGGUUGUCUGAGUUCCCGGAGCUGAUUGGAAAAUGGCAUAGUGGACUUAAUCCCUUCAUGUCAUCUUGGCAAUUAGAAUCACUAGUGGUGGAUAAAUGUUCAUCAUUUAUUAACGCUAUUCCAUCCAAUUUGAUGCUUGUUUUAAAGAGAAUGAGAAGCUUGCAAGUGCACGAUUGUGAGCCUUUGGAAGAAAUAUUCGAUCUUGAAGGGCUUGAGGCUAUGGAUUGCAUCCAGGUGCUGCCUCAGCUGGAGGAUCUGUACUUGGUCAAUCUACCAAAGUUGAGGCAACUAUGGAAUAGAGAUCUCCAAGGAACAAUGUGCUUCAAUUCUCUAAGACAUCUUAGCCUUUAUAAAUGCAGCAACUUGAGACAUGCUUUUGUUCCAUCAAUGGCUCGAUGCCUUCCCAAUCUAUCGAGGGAUGGAAAUAAAGGAGUGUGA